AUGAAGGUCCAAUUCUCUAGUACAGCAGCUUUGAUGAUCAUGAUGACUCUUGAUUCCUCGGCCAAUGCCUUUGCACCCAAGAGUACAUCUUCUUCUUCGUCUUCUGCUCUUCUGAAAGCCCAAAAGAUUGGAACGCCCAACUAUGGGGGAGACUUUGAUCCCAAUUCCUUGGGCGGUACUAACGUUCAAUCGAUUGAGUUCAAGAUUUACCCAGACGGACGGGUGGAAGAAAAAGUGAUUGGGGUCAAGGGUGGCAAUUGUCACAGUGUCACGGAAAAGAUUAACGAAAGCUUGGGAAAGGUUGUGGAAUCGGCACCUACCGAAGAGCUUUAUGAAAAUGAAGUAGUCGUGACGACGGAACAGACCAUUACCAACUCGGUUAGUACCAACAAUGAUAAUGAUGCUUCCUGGGAGGGACAAUCCUCUUGGUAA